AUGACAAGAGACGGAUACAAGAAGGUUCCUGAUGAAGACCACACAGAGAAAGUCAGCUGUCUAUCAUUCAUGUUCUUUCAUUGGAUGAACAAUGUGCUCAAGACAGGCAAUGAACGACCAAUAGAGCAAAGUGACUUUUUGCCUCUUUCGGAAGAAAACACGUCCUCUUUUCUAAUUGAACACCUUCAGAAAGAAUGGAACAAGGAAAAAGCCAAGUGCAAGGGAAAGACAAAACGACCAAAACUUUGGAAAAGCGUUCUAAAACUGCUUCCUCUCAAAGAAGUGCUGAUUCUAACCGUGAACUACGCUUUGUAUUCUCUGUCACGCCUCCUGCAGCCAUUGCUUCUAGGAUUUUUUAUGGUAUCUCUGAUGUCACCAGAAUUACACUCGGUGUAUCUUUUGUAUGGUUGUGCUUUAGGCAUGGGUAUCAAUGCUUUGAUUGGUUCGCUUGCCAUGCACCACUUUGACUACAGAGGUGAAGUGUGGGGACUUCGAUUUAGCAGCGCCCUCAAAGGAUUAAUUUACCUCAAGGUAAGGAUAUGA